UUUUUCGUUUUCGCACCACGUUGGGAAUGCACCUGUCGCUUGAUUAACUCAGCGACGAUUCAGUGUGACAAGCGCGAGAGAUGCACGUCACCCAUUAACGACGCUCGGUGAACGCGUAAUGGUGUACGCCGGUUCCAGCGAGUGGUGACGAUGAAAACCGGCUCCGACAGCCACCACGCACCACUGAGGGCGCGUGCGCCAAUUAUUCCCCCGGUGCAAACUCACGGGGGUUGUUUAAGGCGCGAAUUCUCGGAGGACGGAGAGCAGUCGACGGACCAGCCUCCAGAAGGCACGUUCGCGCCGGGAUCGCGCUCUUCCGCCAAAGGGUGACUGAAACUCGACAUAUCUCAGGAUUCGAUUUAGGACUGCUCCUCCUUUACCUUGACCCCGCUUGACCUCGGCUGGUCACGGACGACACACCUGGUUCGAUAACGUACGCAGCAACGAAUGGAGAAGAGAUUCCUGGCUCUGUUACAUAGAUUCCCUCUAUCUCGUUGACUCCCUCAAGAUUCUACCUGUAACUGGAGCAAUGUCUGCGAGCUACGAAUGGCGCGAAAACGGUAUCGAUGAAGUAUACGGUAUUAUGGAUGACACAAUGAAAGCUCGCACGAUCAUUCAGGAUUAGAUGACGGAAAGAUCUGGCCUCUAUUCAGUGAUCUUUGUAAUCGCGGCUCAGCAGCGAAGCAAGAAUGUCGCUCGUCGUUAUCUUGAAGAACAUUCAGGGUCUCAAAUGCAAAGGCGACAAGGUUGCGAAGAUCGAUUUUCGAGAAGUAUCACAUUAUUCAAGCGUACUUGAAGACAAUGGGGAUGUUAUUGAGGUUGAGCAGAGUUUUACGUGGAAUUUAGGAAGACCAGUGGAUGAGGCAGAAGUGCUGCAGUUGGCAGUUGUAUCGCGCGGUGUCUUGAGAAAUGAAAAAGUUGCAGCGAGGUACGGACUGGUGUUACAAACGGUGGUGCGCGAAGGCAAGAUCCUGGUCUCGGACUCCUUGGUCGACCUCAAUAACAAACCGCUUCCGGCGGUGGUGUGCUUCGAAAUUCGAUACAAUCCCCCAGACGGAAGUUGCAGCUCGUACGCGGUCUCGGAAAUAAUGGAGGACGAACAACAAAUGUUGAUCGACAUCGAACAGAACAUCGCAAACCUUGAGAGGAACCUGGAGCAAGCAAACAGCAGCUCAACCAGCGGGAAAAGAAGAGGCUCUUGGCAUACUCCCGAGAAAACGUCGAAAAAGAGCUUCUUACCAAAGGGUGCUUCUGUGUCGACUAGUGAAAAAUCACCCGAAACUCGGAAGCGAAGCAGCACUUUGAGGAGCGUGCGAUCCCUGCUGAAAUUGGGAAAGCAGAGACCGCCACGUACUCGAUCCUGCGACAGCAACUCGGAAACGAGAGAACUUCUCGAUAGGCAGGACUCCAGUUGCCCAACUUCGAAUGAGCCUUCGCGAACGAACUCUAUGACGUCUCUUGAAACGAAUGCUUCCGAUAAUGACAGUCAAGUGAGCGCUAAACCUGAACAAGAGGACACAGUUGCAAAGCCAGUCAAGAGAUCUAAGUCUAAGACGAGUGAUACUUGGCAAAGCGCGUUAAAAGCUCAAGAUUAUCAAGUAUGCGUUACGAUCAUAGAAGCGCGGCAGCUCGCAGGUCUCAACAUGGAUCCGGUGGUCUGCGUGCAAAUUGGAGAUCAACGCAAAUAUACGAGUGUCAAAGAAUCAACCAAUUGUCCAUAUUACAAUGAAUACUUUGUCUUCGAUUUCCACAUGCCGCCUGUUAUGCUGUUCGAUAAAAUCAUUACGCUGUCGGUGCAGCAAUCGCGGAAUCUCUUGCGUGCUAAUCUAACGCUGGGCAGCUUUAAGUUAGACAUCGCGACGGUAUGGGCACAACCAGAUCAUCAAUUCUACCACAAAUGGGCUCUGCUCACCGAUCCGGAUGACGUUGCCGGUGGUCCCAAAGGUUAUCUAAAAUGUGACAUAAGCGUUAUUGGCAAGGGUGAUACCGUGAAGAUCCCUCCGAAAAGUGAAAAGGAUGAGGAUGACAUUGAGGGCAAUCUUUUAUUGCCGGACGGUGUGCCAAUCGAGAGACAACGCGCGAGAUUCGUGGUGAAAAUCUACAGAGCUGAUGGUUUACCAAAAAUGAACAGCAGCAUUAUGGCGAACGUGAAGAAGGCUUUCACAGGGGAAGUGAAGGAUCUAGUAGACCCAUACGUUCAAGUGUCCUUUGCCGGGCUCAGCGGGAAAACAAGCGUGAAGAGACAUAGCUACGCUCCAGUUUGGAACGAGCAGAUAGUUUUUACCGAGAUGUUUCCUCCCCUUUGUCAAAGAAUAAAGAUACAAUUAUGCGAUAACGAUCCGGUGCACGCCACCGUCAUCGGUACACACUUCGUCGACCUGAAGCAAAUCAGCAAUGACGGCGAAAAGGGUUUCCUACCGACCUUUGGCCCUGCAUUUAUCCAUCUUUACGGCAGCAUCAGAGAUUACAGUCUUAUUGAUGAGCAUUCGACGUUGAACACUGGCUUGGGCGAGGGAAUUUCAUUUAGAGCGAGGCUAUUGAUAGCGAUACGAACUGAAAUCACUGAUAACGUGGAAAUGGCACCGUCGGAAGUUGAAGUGGAACCGACUGUGCCAAUCAACGAAAGCGCCUAUGCGAGAAACGAGGAGUUCUUCCUGUAUGCUACAAUUAUGGACGCCACAAUGAUCGAUAAGAAGCUCGGUGAUAAGCCGAUGUACUUCGAAAUAUCGAUCGGAAACGCGGGCAACGCUCUUGAUGGUCACAAUGAAAGUUUCAAGAUGUACGAUACGAAGAGUGGAACGAGUGGGGAAGAGGAAGAGCUGCAGGAAGUCCUCGCUGGAUCCUGGCAAAGUACCACGCCGGCUAGUAAGCCAAUGACGCACGAUAAGAUUUACUAUUUCUUACCGUACUGGGACGACAAACCAUGCCUUCACGUAAGAAGCAUAUGGCCGGAUUACAGACGUAGAAUGUACAACAGCAAUAUUAUUGGCAAGAUUGUUGAUAAACUGGAGGAAGGAUUGACGGAGGUACAAUCGCAUUUGGAAGACUCGACGUGCGAAAAACUUUUAAAGUCUACCCUCGAGGAGCUCAGCGCGAAUUGUAAUCGGUAUGUCAGUAUUAGCAAGUCUAGCGUGACUGGUCCAGGUGUCGGAAAAACAAAGCUGGAUAAAGAGCGUACGAAAUUAUGCCAGCGGGAAGUAGAGAAUAUCGGGAUUCUGUCGCGUAACCUCAAGGCCCUUGUGACUAAGAGCAGCUUUAAGGAAAGGCUGAAGACAGCUCACAGUUAUCUGCAGAAAUUAAAAUUUCUCGUCGAGGAUCCGCAAGAUUCCCUGCCGGACGUGUUCAUCUGGGUGAUCAGCUCCGGAAGACGUGUAGCGUAUCACAGGAUAUCGGGUCGCGAAUUGAUCUAUUCGGUAGUCGACGAAGAAUGUGGCCGAUAUUGCGGAAAAGUGCAGACAAUGUUUCUCAAGCUUCCAGGCAAAAAGAGAUUUGGACCGUCGGGAUGGGCGAUUCAAACAAAAUUGCAGAUUUACAUGUGGUUAGGAAUACUGAAGCACAAGAAGUACUUCAUCCAAGGUUUUCCGAAGGGGUACGAGAUCAGUCACGAGUUGAGGAACGUGGAUAGGCCUCGCGCGUUGCCGCCUACCGUAAUUCAUUAUGUUCAGAAACACAAAUUCCAGUUAAGGGCCCACAUGUACCAAGCCAGGUCGCUAAUAGGCAGCGAUGCAUCUGGCCUCUCAGAUCCAUUUGCGAGGGUGAUAUGCGGUGAAUUUUGCAAGUGCACUCAGGUGAUCGAUGAAACCCUCAGCCCAACGUGGGACGAGCUGCUGCUGUUCGACGAUAUCUUAAUCUAUGGCACCGCUGAGGAGAUCAAGAAAGAUCCACCUUCUAUCGUCAUCGAACUGUUUGAUCAGGAUAAAGUGAGUCAUAUUAUAGCUAUGGACAUAAUACUGCAUGAGGACUCUGCUUUGACAGGAAAAUCGGAGUACAUCGGACGAGCGAUUGCACGACCUCAUGUCAAACUCGCCGCCGAGCCUUACACUCCUCCGCAAUAUCCACCAUCCUUGGAAUGGUACGACGUCACUAGAGGAGCCUCGAGGGCUGGCGAACUUCUGGCAGUCUUCGAAUUGCUGGAAUAUCCUUCUAGCAAAGAUUACGGCUUUCCUACUUUGCCGGAUCCCAAAGAUUCCAGCUGCGGAUCCCAGGCUCCGGGUCAGGAUCAAGGCCCGAUUCUUCCAGUACCCGUGGGAAUUCGACCUACUUUAUCGAAAUAUCGAAUCGAGGUGCUUUUUUGGGGAUUGCGCGAUUUGAAGAGAAUUCAUCUACUAACUGUCGACAAGCCUCGCGUGGAUGUUGAAUGUGCUGGUCACAUUCUCUAUUCGUCUGUCAUAGCAAAUGCAAAGAAAAAUCCAAAUUUUAACACACCGAUUAAAUUUCUGGAAUUGGAGCUUCCGGAACAGGAGCUUUAUCGACCGCCAUUGACUAUAAGAGCGGUAGACUGUCGAAGUUUCGGUAGAUAUACUCUCGUCGGUACUCACACCAUCAAUUCAGUUCAUAAGUAUAUGUACUAUCCUUUGACUAAAAGGGCAAAGGACGCUCAGGAAAGGAAGAAGAGUUUGUAUCAGUUACAGUGCACGGCUCUUGAUUCAUCAAAAUUGAAACUUCAACAAACAUCAUUACUCGAAUCGAUGACUGACUUGGAAGCUAACAACGGAGAUACCAUUAUCACUCUUGGAUUCGAUUUAGGAUGUCCUAUCAAAAAAGACAAAACGGAGCAGAACUUACGUAGAAAGCAUAGCACAGCUAAUGACAAUAACAUAGGUGAUUUAGGCGCAGAGAACGAAGAAGGUUGUCAGGAUUGGUGGACGAAGUAUUUUGCAUCUGUAGAAACGAUGAUCGAAGAGAACAAAGAACUGCGCAAAGAGAAAUCCAUAUUCCAAAACCAGCCAAACGGAACGCUACCGAUGUUUCUAGAUGAAGCUGUCGCGCAAGGUCACUUGGUCUCAGCUGACAAGAAUCCCGGAAUUAAUCCUACAAAAAAGCUGUUUGGUCUGAAAUCACCAACGAACGCGGUCAAAUUCGUCUCGAGGCUCAGUCCGAAGCAAACCCAAUAUAAAUAUAGCAAGACCGCCCUAUUAAAGAUAUAUCCUGGAGAGCUGGAGGCACAGCCCGAGUUCGAACAAUUUAAGGAAUGGUUACACACUUUUGAAUUGUAUCGAGGCAAAAAAACAGGUGAUGAAGCCGAAGACGAGUCGAGGAUUGUUGGCAACUUCAAAGGUGCAUUGAAGGUCUACAAGUGGCCGCUGCCUAAGGAUCUAGUGGAUCAUACCGUAAUGGGUUUUGAUCCGCAAUACGGAUUCUUCCAGGGUGUCCCAUCAAACGAACCCAUUCACGUUCUGGUACGAGUAUACAUCGUCAAAGCUAAUGAUCUUCAUCCCUGCGAUUUAAAUGGAAAAGCGGAUCCCUAUGUAGUCUUGCAAUUGGGUGGCAAAAGAAUUAGCGAUAAGGAGAAUUACGUGUCGAAACAACUGAAUCCUGUCUUCGGAAAAUGUUUCGAGAUCGAGGCAACAUUUCCGCAGGAUUCUCUGCUCACAGUGCAAGUCCUAGAUUGGGAUUUGGUUGGAACAGACGACAUGAUCGGCGAGACCAAAAUCGAUCUAGAAAAUCGGUUUUACAGCAGACACCGAGCUACAUGCGGACUCGCGAAAAAAUACGACGAAUCUGGAUAUAAUAAAUGGCGGGAUGCGAUGAAACCGACUCAGAUACUCUUGAAGUUAUGUAAAGACGGCAAAAUCGAUGGGCCAGUAUAUUCUCACGGACGUGUUACAAUCGGCAGAAAAACCUUUUCUCUCUCGAACGAGGAAAUGGAAUAUUAUGUGCAUACGAAGGGAAUGGAAGAACAUCUCGCUUUGGCCGUUCUUCAUCAAUGGACUUCGUUUCCACGAAUAGGCUGUGCCUUGGUACCCGAACAUGUUGAAACCCGACCGCUCUACAAUCCUGAGAAACCUGGAAUUGAACAAGGAAAAUUGGAAAUGUGGGUGGAUAUGUUUCCAAUGGACAUGCCCUCGCCCGGACCAUCCAUUGAUAUUUCACCGAGGAAACCCAAGAGUUAUGAAUUGAGGGUUAUCAUAUGGAAUACAGACGACGUAGUUCUAGAAGAUGAUGCAUUCUUCACCGGCGAAAAGAUGAGCGAUAUUUAUGUAAAAGGAUGGCUAAAAGGACCAGAGGACUGUCAAUCAACUGAUAUUCAUUAUCGAUCAUUGACUGGUGAAGGAAACUUUAAUUGGCGUUUCAUAUUUCCCUUCGAUUAUCUGGUAGCGGAAGAAAAGAUCGUUAUCAAUCGUAAAGAAAGUCUAUUUAGCUGGGACGAAACCGAAUGUAAAAUACCAGCACGCCUGGAACUGCAGGUUUGGGAUGCAGAUCAUUUCUCAGCCGAUGAUUUUCUCGGCGCGAUAACUCUCGAUCUCAAUCGGUUUCCCCGAGGUGCAAAAAAUAGUAAGCUCUGCUCAUUGGAUAUGCUAAAGACAGACGGCUCUGUGCCCACUGUUAAUAUCUUCAAACAGAAACGUAUAAAGGGCUGGUGGCCGUUUUACGUGAAGAAAGAGAACGAAGAUAUGGAGCUGACGGGUAAAGUUGAAGCUGAAAUACACUUGCUCACGAAAGAGGAAGCUGAGAAAAUUUCUGCUGGUUUUGGUAGAAACGAGCCUGAUCCACUGGACAAGCCAAAUCGACCGGACGCAUCUUUUAUGUGGUUUCUUAAUCCAUUGAAGUCCAUCAAGUACAUAGUUUGGCACAACUAUAAAUGGGCUAUUUUAAAAGCUAUAAUUGCGAUUGGAUUGAUCAUACUUCUGCUUUUAUUCUUUUAUGCAAUACCAGGUUAUUCAGUAAAGAAAAUUUUAGGAGCCUAAAUGCUGUUCGUCACAGUUAAUGUAUAAUUGUUGUUUUAGAAGACAGAUUAGUUUGACGAUUUAAAGAUAUUAGUCGUAAUGCUAUAUAUAGUAUAUAUUAUUACAUUGUACAAAAUCAACAUAAAUUAACAUUUUACUAAGUUAAUUUACCCUUAAUAAUAAUAUUGGCUUGUGAAAAUUAGAAUUUUUUUAUAGUGACAAAAUAGAUAUUAGUUUGUAAAUGGAUCUCAGUAGGAUUAAAUACAGGCAUACAAGAUAUUUCUGAAAAACUUAUAUAAAUACCAUAAUUGAAAAAUUAUGUUGUACCUUGUAUAAAAUACCAAAGCAAAUGAAAUAUUUUUUGAGAAAAUAGAAAUCAUUUAUCUUGCACAAUUUCAUAUUAGGCAUACGAAUGUUAGGGCACUAGAAAUUAUUUUUUACGUAUAGAUAUUAUUGUCAAUGAUUUUUAUAUACUUUAUUCUUGAAAUAGUUCUAAUAAUUAACUUUUUUAUAGUUAAAAAAGAAUUAUUCUCUAUUAGUUUUUAUAGUGGACCAAAGACGACGAAAUUGCAAACUUUAUGGAACAGGACUACAUUGUAAAUAAUUCAUACACACGCAGUGACCUUAAAAAAUUAUUGAAAAAUGAGAAAAAUGUUAGCAGCAGAGUGUAGUAGCUUGUAUAAAAUAAUCUAUUUUUACUCAUAAAAUAUUUUGUGUCAUUGUUAUGACUGUGUUUCGCGGGCGAAAACACAGAUAAAAAUAGACUAUUCUUCGUUAUCAUCAGAUUGCUCAUUAUAUAUAUUAAGAAAAAAUUAUAUGUGUACAAAAUAGGUAAAUAAAAUAUCUAAGCAAGAUGCAA